AUCGAUUUUCCCACGGUUCUCUGUAAAUAAAUAAUAGAGCCAUAAGAAGCGAAGACAACUGAGAGCGUGUUAGUUGGCUGUAAUUACUCGGCCGAAGCGGAAGGUUGAAUACACCAUCAGGUGAAAUUUGGAUAUUUGCUAUGAAAAUGGUGCAGGAUUCUGCAAAAGACGAAAAAAUGACCGAGGCAGAGAAUGAUAUUGAUGACCGAAAGUGGUCUAAGCCUGUGAUGGAAAAGAGACGCCGUGAGCGCAUCAACAGAAGCUUAGAAGAGCUCAAGAGGCUCGUCUUAGAAGCUCAGCACCGCGAUUGUUCGCGAUACACCAAGCUGGAAAAAGCGGACAUUCUUGAGAUGACUGUUAAGCACUUAAGAACGCUGCAGAGCCAACAAAAAACAGCAGCCAUGGCUUUGUCUAACCAAGCUCACCAAGCGAACUGCUGUGCAGGCUGCAAUGGAUGUGCUGUUACCGAAGUCACCCAAUUCAUGGUCCCUGGCCAGCACCCCAUGCCUGGUACAUAUACUACCCGUCCUGGCUCCUUCCCCAUACAGCUGCAGUCACCUUCCGGUGAUAAUACGGAACGGAACACGAGCACUCAGCAGCCGAUGAUUUCUGUCCCCACUCUUGAACUGAACACUAAUCAACACGCUCUGCCGCUCACGAGUGACGCUAACGGACGCCUGGUGCCUUCGUACUUGUGCCAAACGAAGGAUUUCCGUGCGAGUGUGGGCACAGUGCCAGUUCGGUUUAUCCCAGUGUAUAGCAGUGACGUUGCUUCUACCUUACACGCUAUUCCUCAAGCCUUAUUUCCCGCGGGACAGCCCGUAGGCUUCCCAAGCAGAGAACCUUUAUGGAGACCGUUCUAAUCUAGUACAGUAUAGAAUUAUUAAGUAUUUAUGAUGUACAGAGGGGCGAUCUUGUAAAUAAGAACGCAAAAAAGUUAUUUUGUUAAUAAAUAGAAAGUAAUCGCC